GUGUCUCCUAAAUAAUUAUAGUAUAGAAUUGUUUUCUAUCUACUGUUUUAUUUGUUUACAUUAUGAAAAUGUAAUGAAGAUAAUUGUAAAAUAAAUAAUAUUAUUUUUAAAAAUGUUUUUAUAUUCUCAUAAAAGGAUUUUUUAUGGAUUUAAUACUUGUAGGUAUCAAUGUAUAAAUAUAUAAAAUAUUAUAUUGUUAUUUUUUGAGGUUACGGAGAUUUAAAAAUAAAUAUAAGGAUUAUUGAAAUGGCUGGCCAGCAACCGUCUUUUCCAUCGGGUUUUCCGGCACCUCAACAGCAAGCGAUGAUUAAUCAAUUUGGUGGGGGUCAAAUGGUACCAGAGUUGAUGGGCCCUCAGCAAGGAGGAAUGCCAGCAGGUCUAGUUAAUCCCCAACAGUUUGGGGGAAAUGUUGGUGGCAACGUCGGUGGCGUUGGCCCAAAUCCAAUGGGUAUUCCAACAGCUCAGCAAGUUAUGACCCAACAGCGUCAACAACUGGCCCAACAGACCCUCAUGCAGCAGCAGCUCCAACAAAUUCAACAGCAGCAAAUGCAAAUGCAGCAGCAGCAACAACAGACAGCGCAUGUCCCUCAGAACAGCCAAGCUGCUAAUCAGGUCCAGACACCUCAGACUCCUGUUCCUCAAGUUCAGUCGCAAAUUCAACAGCAGCAGCCUCAACCUCCUCAGCAACCAGCACAGCAGCAGCCUCAGCAACAGCAACAGCAAAAUAAAGAAUAUAAUACUGUUAGUAUAUGUAAAUUAGGACAAGAAACCGUACAAGAUAUUGUCAGUCGUGCCCUUGAAGUUUUUCAAAUUCUAAAAGUUAUUCAUCCUCCAAAUGGCACAUCACAAAGUGCUACUGCAGCAAAUGACAAAAAAAUAAAAUUACAGGAACAAAUAAGAAUGAACACUUUACUUUUAAGACGUUUGAGACUGGUGUACGAUAAAUGCAAUGAAAAUUGUCAGCUGCAGGGUAUGGAGUACACGCAUAUCGAGAGUUUGAUACCGUUGAAAGAAGAGUGGGAUAUGAAGUCUGAGGAAAAGAAAACUUCCGAAGCGUAUCGGCUUGCUUGUGAAGAACGUAAAGAAUUGAUUGAACAAGUAACGGCUAAGAACCGCCACCUCAAAGAAAUAAUAGAUCAUCUGAGACGAAUUAUUUCCGAAAUAAACACCAUGUUACAUAUGCGAAGAUCUUAAAAGUAAAUUUUAUACGUACAUAUAACUUAAAAU